CCAGAGAUGACCACAGUGUCAAUGGAGCCUGUCGGAGUCCUCGUUGAAAGGGGCGCCAAUGCCACCGACCCCCCUCUGAACUCACAUGAGGACACAGCAGCCACCUUUACCAUUGGCACCAUUCUCUCCAUCAUGUGCCUCGUUGGAGUGUCAGGGAACAUCUACACCCUGGUGGUCAUGUGCCACUCCAUGAGGACUGCGGCCUCCAUGUACAUUUACAUCAUUAAUUUAGCUUUGGCAGAUCUGCUGUAUCUUCUCACCAUUCCCUUCGUGGUCUGCACACACUUCCUGAAAGGAUGGUACUUCGGGAACACCGGGUGUCGCAUUCUGAUCAGCAUGGACUUCCUAACCAUGCAUGCCAGCAUCUUCACACUGACGAUCAUGAGCACAGAACGCUACUUUGCAGUGCUCAAGCCGCUUGACACGGUCAAGCGGUCUAAAAGUUACCGGAAGGCCAUCGCUCUGCUAGUGUGGGUAGCUUCUCUAAUCCUGGCCCUACCAAUGAUUGUGGGCAUUCAGCUAAUGACAGUGGGCAAGAAAGUCAUGUGUCAGCCCACCUUGUCCCCACUCUCCUACAAGGCCUACAUCUCCGUCCUGUUUUGCACAAGCAUCGUCGCUCCGGGACUGAUCAUUGGUUACCUCUACACCCAGCUUGCACGCACGUAUUGGGUUUCACAGACAGAGACCUUCAAACAGACCAAGAAACUACCCAACCAAAAGGUUCUGUACCUGAUCUUCACCAUCGUCCUUCUCUUCUGGGCAUGCUUCCUGCCAUUCUGGAUCUGGCAGCUGCUGGGUCAGUUCCACCCGUCACUGACCCUCUCCACCAAAGCCAAACGUAACAUCAACUACCUGACCACGUGUCUGACGUACUCUAACAGUUGCAUUAACCCGUUCCUGUACACACUGCUCACCAAGAACUACAAGGAGUACCUGAGGAAGCACAAGCGCUCCUGGACUGCGGGAAGCUACUUCAACCGGAGGAGCCGGUUUCAGCGCUCUCCUCGCAGGUCGCCAUCUUCCAGCAGUCAGCAGUGUACCGAGAGCUUCAUGCUCUCACAUACAGCCUCCCUGCGAGCUCAUAACAGCAGUUUGUGA